CUUGUCAACCGUAAUCAGCUGUUGUCUGUGUUCUAAUUGGUUGUAUAGAGGUCAGUCACUGACCUCUAUACAACCAAAGAGCCACUGACCGUCAGUGGCUCUUUGGUCAGUGGUGUUAUAGUAUUUGAGGCGAUUAGACGUGUCACGUGAGUCGUAACUCGUAAACUCGUGAGUCGUGAAAUGGAAAAAAUCGAUACCGACAUAAUUGCAUUGCUUCUAAUAUUGAAAAAAAGAAAAAAGCAAUGCCGACGUCGGUGGUGGAGACAUCCUUUAAAUACAUUGUAUCCCAAUCAAUUUCACAAUAUAUACCAAAGAAGAAGACUAGAUGCAGAUCGAUUUUUCUCGUAUUACCGAAUGUCUGUCAACUCUUUUGACGAGUUAGUUUUGGCAUUGCGAGAAAAUUCCAUAAAGUUUCGAACUUACAUUACUUUAGAAGAAAAAAUAACAAUCACACUAAGAUUUUUGGCAACGGGAAAAGAUUUUAAAACAUUAGCAGAAGAUUUUGGUAUAGGACAUACAACUGUCAGAGCAAUAAUAAUAGAAAUAUGCAAGAAAAUCUGGAUGAAACUGGCAAGUCAAGAAUUGCCGGUACCUACGACUGAAAACUGGCUGCAAAAAGCAGAAGAAUUUUAUGAAAACUCCCAAUUCCCCUUAUGCAUUGGGGCAGUGGAUGGUAAACAAAUACGUCUUGUUAAUCCGAAAAAUCGUGGAUCAUUAUUUGACGACAAUAAACAUUACCUUUCUAUUAUAUUAUUAGCAGUUUGUGACACAAACUACUUGUUUACUUCGAUUGACAUCGGAGCAUAUGGCAGAGAUGGGGACAACCAAAUUUUGUCGAGAAGUAACAUUGGAAAAAAAUUGAAAAAUAAUUCAUUAAACAUUCCGAUGGACUCAACCCUCCCCAACGAUAAUAGCAAGUGUCAGUUACCUUAUAUAAUUGUGGGUGACGAAGCUUUUGGACUACAAAGAAACAUAAUGAGACCUUAUCCUGGAAAGAAAUUAAGUUACGAACAAAGAGUAUUCAACUACCGCCUUUGUAGAGCUCGGCGAUAUAUAGAAUGUUCAUUCGGAAUACUAGCCAACAAAUGGAAAAUUUUUCAUACACCAAUGAUGGUUGAACCAAACUUCGCUAUUCUUAUUACAAAAACUGCAUGCGUGCUUCAUAACUACGUUAGAAGGCGUGAUGGGUAUAGGUUUUCAGAUACUCUUGUUAAUGUCAUUCCUUCUGCAGACAGGGUGAGUUCAGGGACGACACAAGAAGCACGGCAGGCAAGAGAUAAAUUUGCUAAUUACUUUUUGACACCUGAAGGUCGGUUACCAUGGCAAGAUAAAUAUAUUUAGGCACAAAAUAUGUAGUAGCUAGUAGGUUAGACGGAGGUUACACGUUCGAUUUAUCGUCAAUCUGAUGCGUGAUCAUGAUAAUAAUGACCAGACUGAUGGUAAAUUGAUAGACCGAUGAACGAUGUUAGACGAUCAAUCAGGACUGUCAGUUUACCAUCAAAUAUCAAUUUGCCAUCUCAGUCAGAGAUUAACGGUUUCAAGGAGCAGGCGUGUUUUGCAGCUUUUCGGUGUGUGGACUUCAUCUGCUCCGGCUUCUAACCUCUGAGAUACUAAAAUUUUCUUUAAUAGUGCAGCGCCCAGAGGUUUUAACCUCGGAAAAUUGUAAUAGUGAAUGGAUUUUUGUUUUUGAGGUGUCCAAUGAUAUUAUAUGAA